UCCAACGGCUCCGGUCGUUUGUGAACAUGGCGGAUGCAGCGCCGAGUCGGCAUGAAAAAAGUUUGGGUCUUCUUACGACAAAAUUUGUCACGUUGUUACAGGAAGCACCAGAUGGAGUUUUAGACUUGAAAAUUGCAGCAGACCUGUUGGCUGUGCGGCAGAAACGAAGAAUAUACGACAUCACCAAUGUCCUUGAGGGAAUUGGCCUCAUUGAAAAGAAAUCGAAGAACAGCAUCCAGUGGAAGGGAGCCGGGCCAGGCUGCAACACCCGGGAACUGAGCGACCGGCUCUCGGCGCUCCAGAAGGAGCUGGAGGAACUGGAGGCGGCGGAGCAAAAGCUUGACGAGCACCGCGCCUGGGCUCAGCAGAGCCUGCUGAACAUCACGGAGGAUGCGGCCAAUGUGGCCCAGGCCUACCUGCCCAUCAAGGCCCUGCAUGCCUGCUUCGAAGGCACUGCCUCGACGCUGCUGAGCCUCCGAGGACCCCCGGGCACCUCCAUUCGGGUGCCUGACCUGCGCCAGGAUGUGGAGAAAUGCUUUUGGCUCCUUGCCAAGUCUGACCAGGGACCAGUUGAUGUCCUCCUCAUGGAUAAACGAUUAGAGUGCGAUUCCCCUGUCGUGAGCAAGUUCCAGCCCGUCGAAGGACAGGAGACGUCGGGCGACGUGUGCAAGGCCAGCAAGCUGGUGGUUGUGGCUCCGGCUGCCGAGCGGGGCGACAGUCAAGAGGCUGAGGCCAAGGAAGCAACUGCGGCCAAGGAUGCAACUGCAACCAAGGAUGCAACUGCGGCCAAGGAUGCAACUGCGGCCAAGGAUGCAACUGCGGCCAAGGAUGCAACUGCGGCCAAGGAAGCGACUGUGGCCAAAGAAGUGAUUGCGGAAGUGACCACCACGAAGGAGCAGCCUCUGACAGAGCUCCAGGAGGCGGAAGAGCCCCUGCCCAAGGUGCCCUUGACACGACGGAAGUCCAGGCAGCAACAGGUUCCCCUCAAGCGCAAGCAGAAUGGCAGGAUGCCCUCCAAUGGAGAGGUGAAGAAAGUUAAGGAGGCUGUUGUCGAGGCCCCCGUGACACGGAUGACGACGCGCAAUUCGCCCCGGAAGAACCUGCAAGGCUCCCCGGGACUGUUGACGCGGAGCCAGAAGGCAGCCGCCAAGUUCACCGAUGUGCCCGACCGCACACUCCUCUCUCCAAUUUCAGGAAAUUUUGGGCCCUCUCCUCCGUCUUCUAACAAGCCAGACUCUCAGAAAGACCUUUCAUCAGAAGAGCUGUUUGAUAUGAGUGACAUGACAUUGGAAGGUUCGGAAGAAUUUCUCGAAAACAUGUCUCCACCGUCUGCCUUCCUCUGCUUGAGCCCACCACUCAGCGAGCGAGACUACUACUUCAACCUCGAUGACUCGGAGGGAAUUUGUGACCUCUAUGACAUGCUUCCUGUAUGACAGCUCAAUUUCUCAUUCAUCUCACUUUGUGCUGACUGUCUAAGUGGAAUGUUUGUUUGGCUGCGGGGUUGGCAACACCCUUGCUUUCUUGGGCGUGUGUUGCAUAGCGUGUCUGCACAUUUUCGCGCUUGUCAUUUUUUGUUGUGGAAGUGUGGAGGUUACCGGAAGGACAUUUUUACAUGUGCAAAGAUUAAUACGGGGGGAUUCAACAUAUUUUUAGGCAUUGUGAUUACUCGAGGAUAAUUUAUUCUUGUCUGCUUUUUUUUUUUUUUUCUCUCUCUUUUUCUUUGGGAAAAGUUUUUGGCGGAUGGGCUUUUAAGUUGGAUUUGGAAAUGAGUUGUUUUGUCUGAGGAGGCUAUAGAAAGAAAUGCUGGGGUGGAGACAACACUGUUCAAGUCAAACCGGCUUGCCUGUAGCAAGAUGGCGGCAUGCCAGACAAAUGAAUGGGACUUGCUGCCAUCUUGGUGUCUGCCGUUCACAAGGCACGGUAGACACUGGUUUGCGCAGUAGGCAAGGCAGGUUGCCUGGUUCACAAGGAUAUCUGAAUAGACGUAACGGCAUGCAACACGAAUACGACAAGCAUGGUUCACUCCUGCAUUACAUACAGAUGAACAAAGUGCCAGUCAGGCUUCACUCCCUCUAAUUGGUAGGUACAGGUGGCCUCCACUGCAGCAACUCUUUACAUAACUCCCUUGGUUUUGUCUAUUUUGCUUUUGCUACUGCUCACCACCACUGCAACCUAUGGGCAUUUUGGUUUAUUUAGGAAAUUGGUUUAGUUAUUGGCAUAGUAACAUUUGACUCCUGUGUGCACGAGUGAGGUGAAUUAGUUACGGUAGUAAUCGCUGAAAAUGAAAAGCAGCAUUUUGUGAAAGGUCUACUCCGGCCAAAACUCAGUAUUUUGUGCUUGCCUUAAAAACUACAGUAGUGGUUUACGGACAGCGCAAUUAAAUAUUUUAGGAAAUUUUGCCUGGAUAUAGGAACUAAGCCGUGCUAGUCGCAUCUCAAAAUGAGCAUCUGAAGACAUUCUCCAUGAGUGCUGUGUGACAUUGGGAAGAUGCUACAAGCCUUUCGUCAUGCUCUUCCUCAUCUGUGUACCUGCUAUGUUCUCUUUUUUGCUAAUGAUGGAGAGGACAAAUUGCGAUAAAUGUGAAUAUGUUCGUUUCUGGUUAGUGGUGAAACUAAAAUUGUAUUAGCAUGAUUCCCAGCUUCUAGGGCUGAUUUGGUAAUUAAACAUUUGGCAUUUUGGUUUCCAA